UAAUGCGAAAUAGUUUAGCAAAAUUGAUUGAUGAAUACUUGAAUAGCAACACCAACAGAAAUCGCGAGCAAAGAAAGGGCCUUUUCACAAUCUGUCCGUCUUCUUCUUCUCUACGCCGGCGCCAGUAAUCAGUUAAUAACGAAAUACCAAAAAAAAAAAAAACAUUGAAAGUUUUCCGGUUGAAAUUUGGGGAAAAAGGAAAGAAAAUGAAGUUGAGAUAUGCAAUGGUGUGUUCUUCCAACCAGAACAGAAGCAUGGAAGCUCAUUUUAUAAUGAAAAAACAAGGGUUUGAUGUCUCAUCUUAUGGUACUGGUGCACAUGUUAAGCUUCCUGGACCCUCCAUUAGUAAACCUAAUGUUUAUGAGUUUGGUACUCCCUACAAGCAGAUGUUCGACGAGUUACGUCGUAAAGACCCUGAAUUGUACAAGCGUAAUGGCAUAUUGCCAAUGCUGAAGCGGAAUUCAUCUGUCAAGCUUGCUCCUCAACGCUGGCAAGAUAAUGCACAUGAUGGUGUAUUCGAUGUGGUGAUAACAUUUGAAGAAAAAGUCUUUGAUAUGGUUGUUGAAGAUCUAUACAAUCGUGAGCCUGUACUUAUGAAACCUAUUGUCAUCAUCAAUCUGGAGGUGAAAGACAAUCAUGAAGAGGCAGCUAUUGGAGCUCGCCUUACAAUGGAUUUAUGCCAAGAGAUUGAUGCAACUGAAUCCUGGGAGGAUAACAUAGAUGAGAUCAUUGCUGCCUUUGAGAGACAUCAGAGGCGGAAGAUUGUUUACACCAUUUCCUUCUAUUGAAGAUAUCAUAGAGAUGUUCAAAUGCUAUACUUGACCUAUGUUUCGACUACUCUCCAUGGAUACAUUUCACCUCUUACCCUAAGACUAUGUUGUACAUGAGGUAGCAACCUACUGACGGAAGUAGUUUGAUGAUGACAAGCCUCGGAAGCUGUGCCAAUGCACAAAAGAUUGUUACGGAUUGAUCGCCAUCCAUCAAUACUUUGUAACGUAACAGUCUUAGACAUAAGAUGAUGUAUAGUUUCUAUUUUUUCUAGUUAGAAUUUUAUGUGGUGCUUAUUUUGCAAAGAUAUUUCAGUGGCUUUGAUUUGAUUUUUUAUUACUAAAUAUUAUCAAUUGUAUGAUCACAUAUCA